AUGAUAUCUUUGCAAAGAGUUCGUAUUCGUCCUUGUCCAAUAACACCUCAAACAAUAUAUCCAUCCAUCCAUCUAUCUACUAUCUAUCUAUAUAUUUUGUAUACAUUAGUUAUCUCCAGCAUCGUAUGUUUGAUAGGAUCAUCACCAUCUUUUGUAUUAGCACAACAAUCAGAUUGUACAAUUGGAGGAUGGACAGCUGACAAUUGUGACUCUACACAAUAUACAUUCAAUCAAGCACUAGUCACCUUUAACAACACAGUUUUGAAUAUUCCACUUGGAGUGGUACUCUACUUUAAUGGAGAUGUAACUAUUGAAAACACUGUCAGUCUUACACUCAACUGCAAGGCUCAAGCCAAGACUGGAGGAAUCCCAUCGUCAUCGACAGAUUGUGUUCAAAUCUCAACCUCUGACGGAUUGUUCACCUAUGGUAUCACCGACGCUACCGUCAACUUUGACCUUACACAAAACAACAAUCAAGCAGGUGUAGACUUUACACAUUCCAUCAGAACCAUCUCUGCCAAUGAAAUAGCUCCACUUCCAGAAACUGUCUCUUAUUCUGGUGUCUUUUUUACAACUAAUUUAAAUUAUAAUGAAUCUGGUAUGGUAUGCACAGCUUAUCCAUUUGGUUUUUCUAUUGAUAUUUAUUGUAAGGAUGGUGACUCUUUAUCUAAAUCAAUGAUGGUCAAUGUUUCAUCAAAUUGUCAAGAUUGUUUGUCAAAGACAGUUGGAAGUUUCAUAUAUGAUUUAAGUCUUAUCACUGAUGAUAAAUCAGUAACUACUAGAUUUUUACCAAUAGCCAACAAUCGAUUUGAAUAUAGAAUUAAAGUAUAUCCAACUUUCACCUCUGAUAACCCAUACAAUGUUUUAUCUGAUUUUGUUCAUGCUGCAAGAGAUUAUAAAACUGGAAAUGAUGCAACUCAAGCUUCCUAUGAUCAAUCUCUUGUCAUCUAUGUAAAUGGUUUAGUUGUAAAUGAAAAUGGAACCUCUCAUAAUAUUCCAGAUGACAGUGAAUCCAAGGCCAACAAUGUUUUAACAACUGGUUCAAUGAUCCUUUCAUUUAUAUUCAUUAUUACCUUUUCUCUUUUACUUUAA